AUGGAUGACACUCAUUUUGUUGCUUUGGAGCAAUGCAGCAAUGAAAAGAACGAUGCAUCCACCCCAUGUAGUAAAGUUGGAACUGAAUGUAUUGUUGACUACACAAGUCAGUUUGAUACUAAAGAGGUUUUCAAAAGUAAAGAAGAAUUGCUUAGUUGGGUACAGGAGGUUGGUAAGAGAAGUGGUUUUGUUAUUCUGAUCAAGACAUCGGAUUAUGGUGGUGGUCGUAGGAGACCAAGAAUAUAUCUUGCUUGUGAGAGAAGUGGACAAUAUAGAGUUAGAAAGAAACCAAAAGUAGAUUCAAAGAAUAUGAUUUCAAAGUUAACCAGGACAAAGAAGUGUGGUUGUCCCUUUGAUUUGAGGGCUCACAAAUUGAUGACAGGUGAUGAUUGGAUAUUGGAUGUGGCAUGA